AUGCGCUUGGGUGGCCGUAAUGCCCUCCUCAGUCAUGCUGUAAAGUACUCUUUGCAGCCCCGGGCGGUACAUCUGCAAUCACGCACCCUCCAGACACUUCCUCAGCUUCCCGACCUCGGCUUGAAGCUUCGAGAUUCUCCGAACCCAAAUGCUAAGAAUGUGGCCAUUCUGGGCGGCGGUAUCACCGGCCUGGCAGCCGCUUGGAACCUCCAGCAGCGCAUUCCGGACGUGAAGAUCACAAUCUAUGAAAAGAGCCCCCGGCUUGGAGGAUGGGUGCAGUCCGAAAAAAUCCCGGUUGAGAACGGUCAUGUCUUGUUCGAAUGGGGCCCCCGGACGUUGCGACCUUCAAUGGACUCGCCCGGGGGUAUAGCAACAGUGGAACUGAUCGCACAACUCGGGUUAGCAGACAGUCUCAUUGCAAUCUCCAAAAAGAGUCCCGCCGCCCUCAAUCGCUACGUCUAUUACCCCGACCACCUGGUUCUUCUGCCAGGUCCAGGUAGAGGGGUGUUGGAUUUGUUGCUCCGUUUACUCAAGCUUCGGACGGAGCCCAUAUUCGACGGGGUCGUGCAAGGGUUGGCAGUAGAACCCUAUGUUGCCCUUCGAGAUCCCACUGUCCAGGACGAAUCUGUCGGCGAUUUCCUCCGGCGCAGGUUUGGCAAAUCUCUAACGGAUAAUCUCGCGUCAGCCUUUUUCCAUGGGAUUUACGCUGGAGAUCUGUACAAGCUCAGUGCUCACGCUCUGCUCCCGUCGAUGUGGUUCCUUGAGGGCAGAGACCGGGAAAAUGAACCGGGAAUCUUGUUGCAGAUGAUUCCCUUCAUGUUCCAACGCCGGAGCAAUGUCCGUGGCGACAGUCUUCGUUUCCACAGCCUGUAUGCUCAAGACUCAAUCGGCCGUGCCAACAGACAAGGCAACAUGAGGGCGCUAGUUUCAAAACUUGAACAGGCUAGUGUAUACACAUUCAAAGACGGGUUGCGCGAGAUCACUACGUCCUUGGGUGAGCGUCUCAGCAACAACGCCAAUGUCAGCAUUCGGACUUCUUCCCCGGUCGCGGACGUCAUAUUCGACAAGACAGAAUCCCAGGUCUCGGUCCAUAGCGACGGAAAGUCCGACUCCUUUGACUACGUGGUUUCGACGCUGGGACCAGGGAUGACGAAGCAAUUCUUGACAUCUUCAGCGAGUAGAAGGAAGACAACUCUGACACCGGAUGUGUCGCAGGCAUGCGACCAUACCAACGCCUCUGUCAACGUCAUGGUCGUGAAUCUCUACUACAGAGAGCCAGAUCUACUUCCCCAAUCCACCCGGGGCUUCGGGUACCUGAUCCCGCGUUCCGUGCCGACUGAACAAAACCCCGAGCGUGCAUUGGGUGUCAUCUUUGGCUCCGAGACUUCCGGACUUCCAGACACGGUUGUAUGGGGCGAGGGCGAUCUUCAGCUUGAAGGACAAGACACUGCUCCCGGCACCAAGCUCACAGUCAUGUUAGGUGGACACUGGUGGGAGGGAUGGGCACCAAGCGACCUUCCCAGUGAGGAAGAAGCGAUUGAAAUGUCCAAGAACCUGCUGAGAAGGCACCUCGGAAUUGUGCAGGCUCCAGAAGUUGCCAAAGCCCACAUGAAUCCGAAUUGCAUUCCCCAGUAUCCGGUUGGAUAUCGCGAUGAUAUGGCAACGAUCCAUCACGCUCUUCAGUCCGAGUAUGAAGGAAGAUUCAAGGUUGCCGGUCCAUGGUGGCAGAGUGGUGUGGGCAUGAGCAACUCCAUCCAAAAAGCACUCGAGGUUUCAUGGGCGAUUCAGCACCAAUGGGACGAUCAGACGGGGUUGGAAGACUACGCUGAGGACGAGACUUGGUACAUAUUCGACAAGCGGACGGGACUACUCGUGAACGACCCUGAAAGUUGA